AUGUAUUUAGAUGACCUGGAACCAAACAACAAUACAUUGACUAUCAACACGGUAUUUCCUGAUAGAGCACUUGCACGAGAAAUGAUGCGAUUAAAAGUAAGAUGCGUUUAUAAUGGCUGCGUGUGGAGUGGAUAUUAUUCCCAGUAUAAGGAUCAUGCAAUGUUGUGCGACUUCGGCGUUAUAACGUGUCCCGUUGAAGGCUGUGGUCAAGAAAUACAACGAGGGAACCGGUUAAGACAUACAAAUGAAGAGUGCUGUAUGAGGAAAACAACGUGUCAAUACUGCAAUAACGACUAUAUAUAUCGAGAAUUAAAGGUUCAUCAUGCACAAUGUCCAAAAGUGCGGAUUCCAUGCGAUUGGUGUGGGAAUAGAGUACUACGGGAAAAGAUCGCAGACCACAAAAACACUGAAACUGGCGACUGUCCAAAUAUGAAACAAAUCUGUGAAUUCAAACAAGUGGGUUGUUCGACAUUGAUAGAGAAGAAUGGCCAAAGUGCCCACAACAAACAAGAAGUCCAACACCACGCACACCUGCUGCUCCAAGCAAUACUAAAACUAGACAGCAUCAAAGAUAACAUCAAAGAAUACAGCACUCAGAUUCAACAAAUAAAAACACUGUUAGAAUCACAGAAAACGCGGAUUCAAAGUUUGACGCAAACCACUGGCAAUCUGGAGGACCAAAUGAGGCAGCACGGCCAACAACUGGCCAAACAGAAUAUCAGAACUGAGGAGAAAGAAUUAGGUAAUGAUAAACAGUACUACAUAAACGAAUUAAGAGCACACAUUGUCAAGUUAGAAAAGAAGGUGGAAACAUAUGAGGCAAUAGUUUCUGUGUUAUCACGCGAAGCAGAAUGUACUACUGAUAAUCUAACCGUUGUACAACGCCAAAGUGAUCAGUUUAAAGAACAAAUUCGGAUAUUAGAAAAUAAUUGCAAAUCACAGGAUCGAAUAAUAGCACUAAAAGAUGUAUCAUUGGCGGAACAAGAUUUACGGAUACAGGCACUUGAAAUGACGUCAUACGACGGUAUAUUGCUGUGGAAAAUCACCGAUUUUGCUAGGAAGAGACGUGACGCAAUUUCAGGCCGUAAACCAUCUAUAUAUUCUCCGUAUUUCUUCACCAGUCACCAUGGUUACAAAUUAUGUGCUAGGCUCUAUUUGAAUGGGGAUGGUAUGGGGAAAGGAAAUCACGUGUCUCUGUUCUUUGUAGUGAUGAAAGGGGAAUAUGACGCAAUCUUAAAAUGGCCAUUUAGACUGAAAGUCACUCUGAUGUGGUUGGAUCAAUCUAAUAGGGAACACGUGAUCGAUGCGUUCCGACCAGAUCCCUCAUCGAGUUCAUUCAAGCGUCCAACAGGAGAUAUGAACAUUGCGUCCGGAUGUCCUUUAUUCAUGCCACUCAGUGUUAUUGACAGUGGUAGAUGCGAAUACGUGAAAGAUGAUACUGCAUUUAUCCGUAUUAUUGUAGACGUCACUGACCUUGGGUAG